AUGGCCUGUGAAUUAUUUUCAUUAAUUUCUCCUCAUUGGACAAAUUCAACGUAUGCUAAAGUUGAUCAUAAUGAGUUAAACAUUGAACGCCUAUUAGGUAGCGGCGGUUUCGGUUCAGUUUAUGAAGGUACCUACGGUAGUAAAAAAGUUGCAAUUAAAAAACUACAUCAACGUGGUAAAAAUGAACGAGCGGCAUUGGAUAGUUUUAAAGCAGAGGUCCUAGCUAUGUCGCUUUUACACCAUCCUAACAUUGUUGAAACUGUAGCGAUAUCGACAGCAUCUGAUUGCCUACAUGAUUAUCCAUUACUUAUUAUGGAAUUAGCUGGCAGUCGUAACUUACAGGAGGUCCUCAACGAUACCGAUACGGAAGUGAUCGAUGUAAAAAGACGAUUAAAAUUUGCUCAUCAGAUUGCAAUGGCAUUGGAGUACACUCACUCAUUUGGUAUUGUGCAUUUAGAUUUAAAGCCUGCUAACGUCUUGAUUACACCUGAAGAUAAUUGUAAGUUAGCCGAUUUUGGAUGUAGCCAAACCGUCCAAGAAGAUGGCUCAUGCGUUAAUAGCCCGACACGGUCUUACUUAACUGGUACUUUUGCUUAUACAGCACCGGAGUUAUUACGUGGUUGUGAUCCAACUACUAAAGCUGAUAUCUACUCAUUUGCAAUUUGUUUAUGGCAAUUAAUUGCACGAGAGCGACCUUAUGGAUGUGAAAAUCCACACGUCGUUAUUUUUGCUGUAGUGGCAUACAAUCAUCGUCCACCGAUUACCACGCAAAUGGAAAUGGAAGAAGAUUACCAGCAUUUAGUUAUGCAAGGUUGGAAUGCUUGUCCAUCUGAUCGUCCAACAGCAGCAGACUGUGUUGAAGUAUUAAAAAAGUUACAGCAAUAG